GUAUCAAAAGAUUUCAAAUCUUUCAUUUGCUAAUUUAGGUUACUAUAUAUAAUUUUUAAUACCUUAACCUUCUCGUCUUCAUUUAUUCAUAACCAAUUGAUCUCGAUCGCAAUUCCGAUCCAUGCUUCGUAUGCAAACCCUAAUUUUCUUACUCUUCCACCAUGGCCUUGAAAAUUGUACAUUCUCUAUUAUGUGUAGUUUUUUGGCUUUCUCUCCUCUUGUUAGGAUUUCUUGAGUUGUAUAAUUGUAAGUCUCGCAUUGGUACCACAAACGAAAUCAUCAACUCAACGUAUAAUUUGCAUCAUCAUCGUCGAUCUUCAUACAAUAGAAAAGUUCUUGCUAGUAGAUUCGACUUCACUCCAUUUCAAAAAAAGCAACAUCUUCAUGAUCAUCGUCAUGAUCAUGGCGAAGAGGAAAAACAAAUGCACGAAGAUAAAGAUGGAAGAGAGAUUGAUCCGCGUUAUGGUGUCGAAAAACGUCGCGUCCCUACUGGUCCAAACCCUUUACACCAUUGAUGAUAUUUUAUUCUUUGCUUGGUUAGUACCCUUUUAUGAUUACUCUGGUCAUGAUCAUGAUCGAAAGUGGUCAGUAAGAGCUUUCAUUACUUAGAUAUGAUGAUCCAAUAGCAUUUUGAUUUUCUUUUUCUUUCCCUAAUACUUCUUUAUUUUAUUUUUCUCCUUUUUGUUUUCCUUUUAAUCAUGAAGCUAAAAGUAUUUCGAGUUUGAUAGAUCAUGAUAUUGUAAAAAAAGUAUAGAGUUAUAG